GCUGCAUAUUUGUCGCUAGCAACAACUUGUUCGGAAAUGGCCAUAGCACCGCAUGGUAAAAAAAGAGUCGCUUAUUAUUAUGACGGUGAUGUGGGGAACUACUAUUAUGGACAAGGGCAUCCAAUGAAGCCACAUCGUAUUCGGAUGACUCAUAACUUGCUCUUAAACUAUGGGCUUUAUAGGAAAAUGGAAGUCUACAGACCACAAGUGGCGAGUUUCGAUGAGCUAACCAGAUACCAUAGUGACGACUACAUAACGUUUUUGAAGAAUAUACGGCCUGAUAACAUGACAGAACAUAAUAAAGCUCUUCAACGAUUCAAUGUUGGAGAAGAUUGCCCGGUUUUUGAUGGUCUUUAUGAAUUUUGUCAGAUUUCUAGUGGUGGUUCGAUAGCUGCAGCGACAAAACUUAACAAAAAACAAGCCGACAUUGCUAUAAAUUGGAUGGGGGGCCUUCACCACGCAAAAAAGAGUGAAGCAUCUGGUUUCUGCUAUUCUAACGAUAUUGUAUUGGCCAUUUUGGAAUUGCUUAAUUACCAUCAGCGCGUUUUGUAUGUUGAUAUUGACAUUCACCAUGGCGAUGGAGUCGAAGAAGCUUUUUACACGACAGAUCGAGUAAUGACUUGUUCGUUCCACAAGUAUGGAGAAUACUUCCCAGGGACAGGUGACCUUAAGGAUAUUGGAGCAGGCAAGGGGCGCCAUUACGCUGUUAAUUGUCCACUUCGUGACGGCAUAGACGAUGAGGCUUACGAACGAGUCUUUCAACCAAUAAUGGAAAAGGUAAUGCAGUCUUUUCAACCAUCUGCUAUUGUUUUACAAUGUGGUGCUGACUCCUUGACCGGUGAUCGAUUAGGAUGCUUUAACCUAACAUUACGAGGGCAUGGCAAGUGUGUAGAAUAUUUGAAGCGAUAUAAUGUGCCGCUACUUAUGUUGGGAGGGGGUGGAUAUACGAUUAGAAACGUUGCACGAUGCUGGGCCUAUGAAACUUCUGUUGCUUUAGAUACAGAAAUAUCUAAUGAUUUGCCAUACAACGAUUAUUUUGAGUAUUACGGACCGGAUUUUAAAUUGCACAUCGCACCAUCAAAUAUGACGAAUCAGAAUACUCCCGACUAUAUUGAAAGAAUACAGACAAAGAUAUUUGAGAAUCUUCGAAACAUUCCACACGCUCCUGGCGUUCAAAUGCAACCUAUAAAAGGCGAUAGCGUAGUUUUGGAAGAUGAAGGCGAAGCAAGGGACAAGAAUAAUCCUGACAAGCGAUUUUCAAAUGAUUUUCUUUUUAAAAUUGGAACUCUGUCUUUAACCUGUGGCUUAUCACUUGAAAUGAGUUCUCUUAUGAUUACUUUUUGCGACCUAGCGAAAGAAGAAGGUUUAUAUUCUUGUAGUCUAGCAGAAUGUAGGAAAAUCAGAUGCUGCCAACUUAUUAACAGCAAAAAAAAGUUUCUGAAGCGCACCUCGAAUAAAUUGCUUCCUGCCGUUAUUCAACUAUUCAACUUUUAUAAUCCCUACCCUCGUUCCUUUUCAGUCUUUGAUAGCGAUAAAAUGGUGCAGCAUGAGGCGGAAUAUUACGAUACUGAAAAAGAGGGUGGUGAGAAAAAAACUAGUGAAGUUUGUCAUAAGCGGCCUGCUGAUGAAGAAACUACAUCUCCAGAUGCGUCUAUCAAAAAAAGUCGUGUGGAAGUUGGCCCUACUAUUCCGUAA